UCAGUAAAUACUUUUUGACUACACAGACGAAAAGCCGCGGAACAGACAAACGACAAAUGGUGCGAAAGCACACUCAGCCGGGGCGUGACGUCACCCCGCCCCUUCCGCCCCUUCCCGCCCCUUCGGGCGCCCCCUUCUCCUUGUCUGUGUCUGUUUCCGGCGUUUCAAUAAAGCUCGAUUCGGCUCGAAGAAGACCUGUUCUUCCGGGAAAAUGGCGGCUCCCGCUCGUGCCCCGGAGUCCCCGCCGGCCGCGGAUCCGGCGCCAGCAGCGGGGGCUGCCGAGGAAGCCGAGUGCCCGCCGCCUCGCCAGCCGCAGCCCCCGCAGAAUGUGCUCGCAGGCCCGCGGCUUCGAGCCCCCAGCUCCCGAGGACUUGGCGCGGCGGAGUUUGGCGGAGCUGCAGGAGAUGUUGAAGCGCCAGGAGAGACUUUUGCGCAACGAAAAAUUCAUUUACAAAUUGCCCGACAAAGGUAAAAAGAUAUUAGACUCUGUUGCCAAAGUGAGAGCUGCCAUUGCAGAAUAUGAAGAAUUUAGAGGGAAAAGUAAACUGUUUCAUCCUGUUAGUGUAGACCGUAAGCUAAGGCAAAGAGCAGUAGCAGGUGUGGACACGGAUAAGGCCCACAACUCUGACCAGAUCCUUGAUACUUCAUCACUAGUUCCUGGCCGUUCCUCUGUAGACAACAUCAAGUCAUCUAAAACAACCUCACAACGACAGGGACUUGUACAUCCUACUCGCAGAGGCGAUGCAGGGGCUUCAGAGGUUUGGUACACAGUGAACAGCUGCCCAGCUUCCAGCAGCAGAGCCAGGGUGCCCUCCUCGUCUGAAGCUGGUGAGCAUCUCCCUCAGCAUCGUGUUUCAAGUCAAGCAGAAGAUCGUUCCAGCAGCUCUGACAACCUGGUUAUUGAUAGGUUACAAAGGAUCACAAUUGCAGACCCAGGUGAACACCAUUUGGAAGAAAAUUCGAGUCCUGAGAACUUGACAGGCCUUUGUAGUGGGCCUCAGAAGAAGCCUCAUUACAUGGAAGUACUCGAAAUGCGAGCCAAAAACCCAGUGCUGCCACCACACAAAUUUAAAACCAAUGUUUUACCUUCACAACAACAUGGUUCACCGAGUGAUUGUCGGAGAAGAGGGUCUCCUGUGUCCUCAGAAGAAAGGCGGCGCAGGGAGAAGCAGCAUCUGGAUGACAUCACGGCAGCUCGGCUUCUCCCACUUCAUCACCUGCCUACGCAGCUGCUCUCCAUAGAAGAAUCUUUGGCGCUUCAGAAACAGCAGAAACAGAGUUACGAGGAGAUGCAAGCCAAGCUCGCAGCACAAAAAUUGGCUGAAAGAUUGAAUAUUAAAAUGCAGAGCUAUAAUCCAGAAGGGGAGACUUUGAGGAAAUACCGAGAAGUAAGGGAUGAAGAUGAUGAUCAGUCCUCUGAUGAUGAAUUCUGAAGACGGGCAUGACAGGCAUUGGGAUAAUCUCCUAAAUCUCUGCCUGUUGAGAUGUCAUCGUCAUACAUCAGGCUUUCUACCAAGUAUCAAGAUCAGUGUCAGACAUUGUUGAGGGAAAGAAUUUUUAAAAAUUACGUAAAGGUAGCUAUAAAAGUAGCCCAGUUUGUCCUUCAGAAGAUAACUUUCAUGUGCUCAAAAAGUUUAAUAUUUGAAUGUUGUGUUUAACCACGUUGUGUUAAAGUUUUGCACUAUGUCGUAUGUUGGUCUGGUAUUUUAGUAUAUAGUAGAGCACAUUUUUUUUUUUCUAAGCCAAAUCUAAGCAGGUGGCUGCUUUUUUUCCUUAUUAUUUCCUUUAUCAAUUAGCAUUUAUCACGUCUUUCAGUGAAACAUUUAGUUGUCCCAGGCAUCGCCUAAUAUGAAUUAGGACAAUAUAGUUCCCUCCUAUUUUGAGUAAUGAAGGGAGCAGUGUAGCGAAUUUUAUGCAUGUCUGCAUGGGGUUAUUGAGGUAUUGGCUGUGAGGUACCUGGGAAGACACCCAUAGAAAAUACUUAACAAAUGUUUGUUUCCUUCUUCUGUCUUCCCUUAAGAAGAAACGUUAUCUUCUGAUUAGGAAUAAGAAGUACUGUCAGUAGCUGCUGGAGGGUGGAUGGUCUUUCUAGAUCACCAGAGUUGCCUGGAGUAACAUGAGGUUUAGGAACAGUCUGAGAUGACUCCUCCAGCUGAAGGGAGUAGCUCCUCCUGCGUUUGCCUGACGAGUUCAUUGCUCUUAGCAGAUGAUGGGUUCAGUUACAGUACAGUAACGUUUGGUAAGAAAACCUAUUUUUUUUUAAAGCUACAAUGGAAAUGUUGUCAAUACCUUGCUUUUUUUUCCCCCAAAAGAGGCAUAUGUAGGCUACAGAAACCUCAAGCUAACAUGUUUCUGUAAUUUUAAAGGAUUAUAUAGUUGUCUCCAGAGAAAUUAACACUUAUGUUAUCAGUUCUUUGUCUAAUAUGUUGGAGCCUUUAAACAGUGUUGAAGGGAAGAAUAAAAUAUUAAUUAGAGCAACUUCAAGAUGUUAAUGGUGAUGUUUUGCUGGUGCUUAAUUAAAUUUAAUUCCUUACUGUAAAAGAGACUGUUCACUUUAGGAAAUUUGACUGAAGGUACACGUAGGACCGAUGUUUGUGUGAUGGCGAGGGCUCCAUUCUGUAUCACGCACUUCCAGUUGUGUCUACUGCUUUACCUCCCCCUUUUGUCCCCUCAAAAAGCAAAUGUAAAAAGUAAACUGAGCUAACAAGUUCAUUAGUUUUUAAAACUAAUAGCAGAUGAUUUCACAACAUAAAUUAUUUGAUGUUCUUUCUUUAUAGAAUAACACAUGUCAUUUCUGGAAAGCGGGAUAAUACGGAAGGGCUCUCGUGCGUGUGCAUACAGUCUCUUGUAAACCUACCAGCCAGAGGGAGCCCCUGUUAACCUUUGGGUAUAUGUUCUUUGACUUACUUUUCUAUGCAUAGCUAGGCGUUUAUAUUUUCAGUGAUGUGAUCAUGCUGCACGUUGGUUCAUAGUCUAUAGGUUGUAAACAUUUUCCUACAUUAAAUAGUUUGCAUUUUAGAUAGCUACAGGAUGUUCCAUUUUAUGGGUAUACUGUAAGUUUUAAAAUCAACUUAUUGUGCGACAGUUUGAUUGUUAAUUAUAAUGUAACCUGUAAACCGUGAUGCAAUCAACAUCUUUAAAGAUAAUCAUGUUGUAUAAAAAUGACUUAUUUCCAGAAGAUACCUUUCUAGAAGUGAAAUUGCUAGGUGAGAGUGUAAAUAAAUUUUUGCGAAUCUUGAUAUAUAUCACUCACCACAAAGACUGUGUUCCUUUACAUUCUCGUUAGCAAUAUAUCAAAUUCCCAGAAUUGAAAAUUAUUGUUUAAAAUCUUUGCAGAAUGAAUAAUUGCAGAAAAGGAUUACCUUAAAAUUUGUGUUUGAUUACUUAGUGAAGGUUGAGUGUUUUUUUAUGUUUAUUGGCCAUUUAUAUUCAUUCUUUUGAGCAUUGCAUAUUCCUGUCUUUCCUAUAUUCUCGGAGUGUUUGCCAUUUUUAUCAGUUUCUAAGUUCCUUGUGAAUUAAGAUGUCCGUCUUUUGUCAUAUGUCAUUAUCCUUUUAGUGUUUUAUUUGCCUUUUAAUACAGUUCCUGGUGUUUCCGUGUUGAAGUUGUUUUCUUUAAGAGCCUGCCUUUGCGCAUGCGCUUGAGCAUCCGUUCCCUACCCCAAGGAUGCGUAUGUAUUUAUCCUUAUUUUCUGCUAAUACCAUUAAAGUUUUUUCACUUUUACACAUCUGUAAUUCAAAAGGCAAUUUUCAAUCCAUCUCAGAUUUACUUGGGGCUAUUGUAUGAGGUGAAGAUUUAAUAGUAAUUUUUGCAAAUGGUUGACCAGAUUGGUUCAGUAUUAUAAACCACUAUUUCCCCACUGAUUUGUAGUGCUGUCGUUAUAGAAUAUUAAAUUCCUGUGUGUCUUGGGCCUAUUUCUAGGUCUUCUAGUGUUUUUCACACUUUAAAUAAUCAUGGCUUUAAUCAGUGUUAGUAUUUGGUAGUACCAGCCCUGUUCUUCUAAAGUUUGUGAAAUAUAACCUACAGAAAAGUACAUAAAACAGAUGUGCAGUUAAAUGGAUAAAGCAAACAGUUGUGUAAUCACAAACCAGAUGCAGAAAAACUACUGCCAGCACUCCAGAAUCCUGAGUGUCCCCUCGUGACACCACCUUUGUCCCCUAGGGGUAACUACAAUCCUAACUUAUGGUAAUACCACUUUCAAAAGAAUGGUUUUACCAGUUAUGUAUGCAAAUCAUAUGGUUGAUUGGUUUUGUCCACUUUUGUGUUACAUAAAAAUGGAAUCAUACUGUGUGUUGUGUCCGGUAUCUUUCACUCAACAUUGCUUAUAAAAUUCAUGUCACGUGU